GUGGGAAAGUUGGAACUCGAAUAAAAGGGCAACAUAAUUAGUAUGACUCCAACCAUACCAUGUUCAUGCAUGCUCAGAAUAACGCAUGUCACCAAAAAAAACCCCACAAUGUUCAGCUUUGAUGCUUUUGUUGUCAUCUGGCAGUACUCAUUAAUUUAUCAUUAAUAGGCAUUCACAACAUUAAUAGGCAUUCAAUAGGCAUUCAAUAGAUGAUUUAAGAUUGGUUACACUGCUGCCUCACAGCAAGGAGGUCCUGGGUUUGAAUCCCGGUCGGCCGGGCCUCUCUGUGCGGAGUUUGCAUGUUCUCCCCGUGUUCGUGUGGGUUUCCUCCGGGUACUCCGGUUUCCUCCCACAGUCCAAAGACAUGCAGGUUAGGCUGAUUGGAGAGUCUAAAUUGCCCGUGAAUGGUGUGUGUGCCCUGCGAUGGACUGGCGUUGGACCUUUCGGCCAAUGUAUGCUGGCAUAGGCUCCAGCCCCCCUGUGACCCUGUUCAGGAUAAGCAGGUUAAGAUAAUGGAUGGAUGGAAAAAUAUUAAUACCAAGAGCUUUGCAUUCUACUGUAUAUUAAUUAAAAAUAAGAAAUAAGAUAUUUUAAAAUAUUAAAUAAUGUGUUUUUUUGACCAAAAUAAAAUGCAUUAAAUGUACGCCUACUUCAACAAUGCACAGCUUGUCUUAAUCAAACCUCUGCCAAACAUAUUUGUUAUAUGGACAUUUUUAUCACUGUGUGAUACAGUGGCUAAUGUAUGCCUGACAAAUAUUUGAGGUGUGACUCCUGGCAGAUCAGACAUAAUGAUAGACAGGCGGAAGGACCUCUAAUUUUUCAGAAGUUAAACCACGUUCAAAUAAUCACAGAACCAACCAGUAACAACUGAAGUUCAUUUGGAUCCUUUCUCUAAUCAUGAGGCUAUUUAAGCGGUGGUGUACGGAAGGGUCACAUUCAGAAUCAUCCUCCCUUUCAGAAUGAGGGUUCUUGCGUUUCUCCUGCUUGUGGUCGCCGCGAGCAGCCACAAAGUGUUUGAGCGGUGUGAGCUGGCGAGGGCGCUCAAGAAUGCAGGAAUGGACGGCUACCACGGGGUCUCCCUGGGAGACUGGGUCUGCUUGUCCAAGUGGGAGUCAGACUACAACACUGGCGCCAUUAACCACAACACUGAUGGGUCCACGGACUACGGCAUCUUCCAGAUCAACAGCCGCUGGUGGUGUACCAACGGCAAGGGCCGAACUUCUAACGCCUGUCACAUCCCCUGUUCCAAACUGCUCUCCUCUGACAUCAGUGCUGCGAUUACGUGUGCCAAGCGUGUGGUCAGAGAUCCCAACGGGAUCAGAGCUUGGGUGGCAUGGCGGCACCGGUGUCAGGGGCACGAUGUCCAUAAGUACAUCGAGGGCUGCGGAGUGUGAGAUCGACACCCAGAGAGAAGCACCUUUUCCCCUUCCCUGUCAGCUCUGUGAUCACUCUCUUCUGAUAUUCAACGGUGAAACACUCCUGAUUCCCUUGCUUGUCUGCAUAAAAAUUCUGAAAAAGUAUAAAUAAUUUGUGUGCAACACUUUAAUGAGUACCUCUUGAGAAAAUUGAUGUUGAUUAUCAUUUUGUUAAUGAUUAACAUGCCAUUUUGAAGCUAGCUGUAUUUAGAGUUUCUUUACACACUGCCAAAAAGUUUGUGUUUUUGUUCCCCGGCUGCUUUCUCAUUAAAUAGUGAGUCAUUGUAA